AUGUCAUUAGAAAAGGAAUACAAACCAGUAACGGUGGAGAAACCAAUAGAGAACACAUUUGACCUCGGAAACCUCGCAACGUUUGAUCCAAACCCCUUGUCCAAUGAGAAAUUAAGAAGCAAAAAUGAAUCGGAAAAGGAACAAUACAUUUCCUCCGUGACUAGAGACAAUGUUCAGCUUUUGAUAAAUCAGAUAUUGUCUUUACCUGUGAAAACAACCACUGACAACCAAGGCUCACUGACGGGACACAGUUCGUCAAUGACGUUGAUUCAGUUGCCUGAACCAACGACAUUGUUACCACGUGAGAAAGCCAUUCCUAAACCCAAGCCACCAACGAAAUGGGAACAAUUUGCUGCUAAAAAGGGGAUCAAGGCUAAAACUAAAGAUGGAAAGUUGGUAUAUGAUGAAGAAAAAGGUGAAUGGGUUCCUAAAUGGGGUUAUAAAGGAAACAAUAAGAGUUUGGAUGAUCAGUGGUUGGUCGAAUUGGAUGAUAAACCUAAAAAGAGAAGUAGAGAUGAUGGUGUUGACUUGGUUGACCCCAGGACAUUAGCAAGAGCUGAGCGAAAGAAGCUAAUAAAGAAAAACGAGUUGCAGCAUAAGCGAAAUUUGAGAAAUGCUGCAAAAUAA